CUGUAUCCAGUCCGUUAUCUAGCCCGUUGCACUUUAAAAGAAGCGUCACUAUCCACUUAUCGCAGUAGUUUACGUUGAGAUUCGUACGAUCGUGCCCGCAAACAGAAUCGCAUUCGGAAUGGCACGGCACGCCUUGUACAUAGCGCUCGCAGUUGCUGCCCUGUACCAUACACCGGGAGUGUACGGGGCCGACCUAAACGCUUUGUGUGCAAACGUUCCGUUCGGUACCUUCCCACAUCCAACCGAUUGCCGACAGUACGUGAUGUGCGUCCUUUCUACGCCCGUUGUGUUGGCCUGCCCUGGAGGAUACGUUUUCCACCCGGAGGUGCAAUUUUGUGUGCAGGAGUCACAGUAUCGGUGUGAUACGGACGCACCAACUGCAACUACCACACCCGAACCAACCAGCACCACAACGGAACCGGACUGUGAACGACGUCCAACGUGGGAGUCUUUCUUCUGUGACGAUGUGCGGAGAAUGCUGGUGACGAACCCCAUGAACUGUACGCAAUACAUCCACUGCCAAUCGCAACCACCGAGCAAUCGUCGCUGCCCGGAAGGAACUGUUUUCAACGAUCUGUACCAGGACUGUCUACCUGGAGACUCCAACUCUUGCGCGUUGAAGAGCGUCGGUCAGGACUUUUGUGCUAAUCGAACGGAUGGCAGCUACGCACAUCCCUACCAGUGUAAUCGAUUCGUGUCCUGCGUGCGGCAACAGAUGCGGCUGGAAUCGUGUCCACCAUUUUUCGUGUUCGAUGCAGCGAAAGUACAUUGCGUGAAGGGGAGCGUUCUUACCUGCUCGAGUCUGUUGAAACAGCGAUAAGGAGCGUGUCCGAGGGGUACUUUAAAUAAAAUUGCACGAGCCAAAACGCAUGCGCCUGCAUCUCACUUGUUUUAUCGGGUAUUGGUGAAGCCACUUCACGCAAAUGGGUUCAGGUAGCGAAAUGUGAGGUUCAAGUUUAAAUAGAAGCAACAGUUACAUGGUGCUGAUCAGUUGACUGUUUUGCUUCCAAAAUGAAGAUUGUGUGCAGUGUCGUGCUGUUUGUGACAUUUUGUGUCACCACGAUCAACAGCCAGACAGUGGCCUGUGUGGAAGAGAACGAACUUACAGCAAAUCCUUCUAAUUGCAAUCAAUACUAUCGGUGUCUAAGCCGUGAACGGAUACUGUUCAGCUGUACUGCGGGAAAAGUGUUCAAUCCGAUCACUAAAAGGUGUGUUACAUCCGACACUUACUCGUGUAACGAGCAACAACCCGAGACAACGACAGUAGCUGCUUCGCAACAGUGUCAACUGAACCGAAAUGGAGUAGUGGCUCACCCAUCCGAUUGCGACAAGUACGUGGUGUGUGAGGAAGGCAUCGCGAAGACGCACACCUGCCCACAGGGGGAACAGUUUUCCUGGAGAAAGCUAGCGUGUGGAGCUAGCUAUUCUUGUGAAGACUAUUACAAUCACGCCACCAGCUCCUUGGAAGCGGUUGCAUGCUCCAGACAGUCUUUGCAUCGAGCGGAACAUCCUUAUGAAGUUGGCAUGUACAUCGAUUGUCAAGCGUUGGAAGUCCGGAGCUGUGACGAAGGUUCGAUCUUUCGCUGGAACUAUCAACGCUGCCUACCGGGUGCGGUGUCGACGAACGAACUGAAGACGGCCGACGCUAAUUGUGGCGCCUUCGGCAAGAGCCCCCAUCCUUAUCUGUGCGAGAAGUUCUUCAAGUGUUUCUUCUGGAUAUCGGGCCUACAGUCGUGCCCGUUGGGAACGAUUUACAGUGCGGCGCAGGAGGAGUGCAUUGAGGGUGACUUCCAGACAUGCACUUUUGCACACAAUUAACUCUUAGUUUGGAGGAAAUAAUAAACACAUACACACGUGUACCGUAACAG